AUGACAAGCGCCGCAGGUGUCAUUGAGGAGCUCCUCAAAGCGCCUUCCGGAACGCCUUUCUCCUUCAACCUCCAUGUCGACUCAAGGUUUAGCCUUCGCGUUGUAACCGGACACGCAUGGUAUAUCGCAAUCGAUAUAUUGACAUCUGUUCUAAGGCUGCGCCACCGAUCGAGCUGCGAGCUGUGGCGUGCGAUGCGCAACCGCAACGCCCUUGCGCCUCCCACGCCACAGGAACAGGACUCGGACCCUGCCGCUGAGCGCGCUGGGCGCGAAUACUACGGAUUAAGUCAGUGGAAGCCUACGUCAAGUGGCUGUAACGAGCAGCCUGUGAAUGGGUGCCAGUGGGAGAGUGAGGCCAGUUCACAGGCAGAGCCUCGCCUCAAUAGUCACAACAGCGCUAAGGGGAAGGGGGAUCGAGGGUCCCAGACUUACCAGCAGAAACCUAACAUCAUUGGAGAUCGAUUUCGCUCACUUGGGUAUACAGAGAAAUACAGCACUAGGAAGCACGUCCCUGUCACAAAAGCCAACGCAGCCGAGCAAGAGGUAGAGAGUGAUCUGAUCGACACCGAACAAUCAGCUGCUACCAAGGACGAGUAUGAGUACCCAGAGGUGGUUCGCAAGGCCUUCGGAGACCGGUACCUCGACCUCCCACACGUCACUGGCGAAGUCAAGGUCACCGGUUUCACUGCGCAGGACUGGAAGAAUUUGCAGGGGUGGAUCGAGGCGCACGACGACCUCAAUAAAUUUGAGUUCGAGUAUGAUCAGGAGAAGCAGGAAUUGACUACGAUGACAGCCAGUUACCUGCACGAUCUUCUCGGCACGAUGCAAAGGCGUCACAUCAACAUGAGAUGGUACACCUUCUUCACUUCACCAGAGUGGGUACAACUCGCGCUCAAUAUCUCGAAUGACCCUGCGGACUACGCGUCCAUACGAGGAAAAGGUGGCUCGAAGAAGAUUGCCGAUCUGGUCGAGGCUAUCGCAGUUGGGCGUGACCUACUCAUCACUUCGCUGAACGAGACCGCACAGUCGCAAUCCCUGUAUAAUGAAUACAAUACGGAUGGGAAGCUAUCGAAGGUCAAUAUACCUAAGCUCCUGGAAAUGGCGGAACGACUCGUUGGUGAAGACGUGGACGACGCGGAGCUCGUCGCCUUAACGUGCUUCAACAUCGAGGAGCUAAUACCUAACGGCACCGAUAAGACAAAAUGGUCGGCGCCUCCAAGAAAGAGUUAUACUGCCAGUGCCCUCGCCUUUCAAGCAGCCAUGUACGAUGCUCUGUCUGCGAGUAACGCAGGUUUGAUUCGUGGUGCGGGUCCUCUGGUGGCCGAACACAGCGCCGUGUUCUUCGGCGCUGCGCGCGUAUUCUGGAUCUACAUACCGAUAUCUGCACUCAACACGCUCAGGAAGGCGGUUAAGGAAAGAUGGUCCAUGGAAAAAUGGGUCGCUAGUGGCUUCGCUAUCCCGGUGCUCGAGUCGUACGACGACAACCAGCAGACCCAGGUCAAACACUUCCUUGGCAACGUUCAGGAGGGGUAUAAGCAGAUGCUGCGGAUGCUGGCUGAGGUCUUGAUGACGAAUCCGCCGCAUCAGAACAUCCUGGGGAAAGCACUCGCUCAAGUCCAAGAUGACAAACAACGCAGCGCCCAGUACGAACAACUGACUAAAUAUUGCGAACACCUUCUCCACCCUCCGGACGAAGCUUUGAACUUCGACGACCACAUUCCCGAUAUCAUCGCAGCGGUCAAGGAGGGUGCCCUAGGUACUGCAAUGGACCGCCUAUACGUCAACUCCGGAGCUACACAAAAAGAGCGCCGUUCUCGUCUGCGUAAGACGCCGGAAGAACUCCUAGCAGGCUUACGAUACAUUGCGGAUACAGGAGGAGUCAAGCGGAAGCCCUCUGAGGAGGACGUGCAGGCGAACAAGCGUCCCCGCGAUGGGCCGAGCACGGCUGCGAAGAUGCACCGGAUCGUGACACACGGCUCAUCGCUGUCUCAUCGUCCCCACCGUCAUCGCACCUAUCUUCACCGCCCUUCGUCGCCGCUGCCGCAUCCCUCGUCAUCUGCAUCCCUCGUCAUCAACGCUGCACCCCUCGUCAUCGCUGUCGCACGCCGUCGCAGCACCCCUCGCAUUGUCGCACCUCUCGUUGUCACAGUUCUAUUCCCACGUAGUUUCUCGUCGUCGCCUUUCGUGGCACCUGUCGUCGCUCGUCGUCCCUUCUUGUCGCACCUCUCGUCUCUCGUCGUACCUCUCGUCGUCGCUGUCAUUGUUCCAGAGGCGUGCGAACGGCGAGCGGGCGGCGACGUGCAGCGCGAUGCACACGACGAUCGCUAUCACGUCAGGGCCAACGCCGUGCCGACGGAUGCGCGGCGGGCAGACAAGAGGACGGGCGGGCGAGCAGCAACACACACCCACCGGAUCGCAGGCAUCGGGGUAAGCAAGCGGACCGGCGGGCGGCGAGCGGGUGGAGGGUACAGGCCGGCCGAGCGGUUGGGCGAGCGGAAGAGUGGAAGAGAGAACGGGCGGGCGGGCGAGCGGAAGAGAGAGCGGGCGGGCGAGCGGAAGGGCGAGAGGGUGCACGAAUGGGUCGGUGGGCAGCAGGGCAAGCAGAUGAGUAUGAGGAUCUGGCCGUCUGAAACGGUGCGGCCGGCGCCGGCCGGAGGGGUCCGGGUCAACGUUGCAGACGUUGUCGUUGCCAGCACGUUGCCAGCGGUCUGGCCGGAGUGCAUGCCGGCCGGCUCUGCCUCGUCUCCAACGUUGCGGCCGGCCUUGCCAUCCCUGAAUACUGUCCCCAACGAUCCACCCGGCCUGUUUUCACGGUACGUUGCAACGCUCCGGCCGGAGUGCAUGCCAGCCCCGCACCCCCUCCUCAAUGUUGCGGCCGGCCUGUUUUCACUGGACGUUGCAACGCUCCAGCCGGACUACACCCCGGCCGCCCCCCCACUUCUCAACGAUCCGCCCGGCCUCUUUCACCCAACGUUGCAAUGCUCCGGCCGGAGGGUAUGCCGGCCGGUCAUCCCUCGUUCCCAACGUUGCGGCCGGAGCAGGCAGAAUUCAAAGUGGCCAGGCAGUCCACACUGCAAACAGUCCGGCCGGUCAACAGAUAUAGCAUUGCAAACGAGCCGGCCAGCCUCAGGCCCUACCACUACAAAUGGUCCGGCCGGACUUUUUGCCGGCCGAAAAGACAAUGUCUCGGGCCAAGGGUACAGCCAAAACUCGGCCAAAGCAGCCAGACAUUUUGCCGGCCGAGCUUUUGCUUCACCGACCUGGCAAGCAUUGUCUCGGGCCGAAAAGUUGACAAUUUUCUCGGGCCGAAGAUUUGAGUACUGCCUCGGGCCGAAGAGUUGGGCAUUUUCUCGGGCCGAAGAUUUGGCCGAAGCUCGGUGA